CUUGAACUUAAACACAAAGACAAUAUUGAUUUAGAUAUAAUAAGAAGAAAUUACAAUAAAGUCUAUUUAAAGUAUGAUAAGAUUGUCCAGUGAUCUAAUAGUUUGAGAAGUGUCAUUAUUAUAGAGGAGCUCUGUGGUGACAGGAAUUCAAUACGUGUAAUUAUGUCUAAGUUUAGUGCAAAUGAAAAACCUGGAGAUGAUAAUGCUAAAAGUAAUUUUGAUGAGGAUUUUAAAGUUUCAGGUUGGGGUGUCCGCCAUAGACAAUGUGUGAUGCUGAUGGUAACACUAACAACUGCUUACAGUUUACGAGCAUGUAUGGGAGUGGCUCUAGUCGGUAUGGUUGAAACCAACCCUGUUUUAGAUAUACGAAAUAAUAUAAAUAACAGUACCAUUGCAAAUGAAACUGGAGAUGGACUGAAUGUGAGAGGAACUGAUUAUGUAGCUAAUGGAUUUUUUAAUGCACUGAUGCUUACUCCUCCGUAUCCUCAAUUCGACUGGAGCAAAAAGGUUCAAGAUAUGGUCAUCUCAGCUUUCUUCUUCGGCUACAUGUUGCUCCAGAUUCCCGCCGGCCAGCUGGCUCACAGGUUUGGGUCCAGAAGGUUGAUAGCUGGGGCCAUGUUCAUCAACUGUGCGGCGUCUGUCCUGUUUCCUACUGUUACUUUCUAUGGCGGCUGGAUAACUGCAGCUGCGUUUCGAAUGAUAUUAGGCCUAUCACAAGCAUGUCUAAUGCCAUCAACCCACACUUUCUUGGGGAAAUGGACAACUCUGGAAGAAAGAGGAAGAUUAAGUGGCAUGAUAUAUGGAGCUCAAGCAUUAGGUCCAGUCCUUGGUCUACCACUGACAGGCUUCAUAGCUGCGUCACCUGUGGGCUGGCCAGGAGUGUUCCGAUUUUAUGGAACCCUGGCCGGGAUUUGUGGAGCUAUCAUCUGGUUCUUCUGCGCGGACAGUCCGGCGCAGCAUAAGAAAAUUUCGGCAGCAGAAAGAAGAUACAUUGAAGAGGCGUUGAGGCAGAAAGGUGUAACCAAACAUCUCAAAGUUCCUUGGAGUCGCCUCCUCCGCCACCGAGGACUGUACGCCAUCGUGGUAGCUCACAUCGGGAACACGUGGGGUCAGCUGACCUUGUAUUCCGAGGUCCCAGCCUACAUGGAUAAGGUCAUGGGGGUGAACAUUAAAGCGAAUGGCAUGUUGAGCGCCCUUCCAUUUCUCAUGAUGUUCAUCAUGAACUUCUUCUUCAGCUGGCUGUUUGACAUGCUUAUCGUGAAGAAGUACAUCGGAGUCACGUUGGCGAGGAAGCUCGCUCAAUCUAUUGGUUCUAUUAGCUCGUCAGUAGGUCUUAUUAUUUUGGCGUUUGCACCCAAGAAUAUCUACGUAGUGGAAACUAUCAUGGUCAUUAUGUGUGGACUGAACAUUGCAUCUCAUUAUGGAUUUUUGGUGAACCACAUCGACAUCUCUCCUAACUUCGCCGGGACCAUGAUGAGUCUCAGCAACUUCUCGUCCAACGGCGUCGGCGUGUUGGCUCCAAUCGUAGCUGGGAUUAUCUUAACCGAUGUUACAAGCGUUUACUUGUGGAGAUGGGUGUUCUUCGUAUCCAGUGGCUUGUACUUCUUCACAAACGCUGUCUACCUUCUACUCGGUACUUCAGAACUCGCUGAUUGGAACGAGCCUGAAUCUGCAAAGGAUAAUGAAGAAGCUGAUGCUAUGAUGAAGAAAGAACAAAAGGAUUAAGAUGGAAUUCAGUUAGAUUUUAGAGCUUUUUUAAAUGACGAAUUCGACUGGAUAAUGUUGAUUAUAAGUGAAUAAAUGAGUUUAAAUUUGGUGGAAAUUAUACACGUUAUAUUGAACGGCUUACUUGAGUCAAGAUGUAAUGCGUAUGAGAUGAAUUUGUGAUUAUAAUGUAUCUACAUAAGCAUAAGCCAUAGAAAAUAUAAUAUAUAAAUUGUUCCAUGAUUUUUAUAAA